AUGGCUAACGAGGAACGCUACAAUUCAAUUCCCUUAACAGAAAACCAACAACUGUCCACAGAAAAAGAAACAUUCGACCAACUUCAAGUGCGUCACAAAAAAGAGCUCAAAGAUCUUGUAGCACGUACCACCUCUCUAAAGAAGACUGCAACAAAGGGUGACAAAAAACGAAAGAAAGAAGUACAAGCGGAAAUUAUUAAACUUGAGGCUGAGUUACACGCAAGGCAUGAGCUAGAAGUAAAAAAGCAUAAAGUUUCAAUAGAAAAUAAUGACAAUGAUAAUAAUGCUAUUGCUACAAGUGAAGAGUACUUUGAAAAGAAUUCAGAGAAUGCGAAUAUAAAAUCGGACAAACAAGAUGAAAAUGAGCAUCAAGCAGAAGAAGAUAUAGUUGACACUCUAUUGGCCAGACUUGAAUCCAUGAAAAUAGAGAAAGAAGAGCCGAAAGAAACCAAAAAAUCACCAGAUGAACGAUCACCUAAACCUAAAAGACAACAAAGAAGAAAGGCAUUGUAUUUAGCGUUCACUCGACCACCAAAGAUCAAAGAAAUGCAAGAACAAGGAGAAAAGGAAGCGGACGGUCAGAUAAACAUGCAAGCGAUUGAAAGGAACGCCAUUCAGGAAUUAACCAAAUCAAUGGGACUCUCAAUUAAGGAGAUAACUCCAGACGGUCACUGUUUGUAUAAUGCUAUUGCAGAUCAACUUCAAUUCAGAUAUGACAUUUCGACAAAUUACAAAAAUCUAAGAAAAGAUGCCGCAAAUUACAUGCGCGAGCAUUUCGAAGAUUUUCUCCCGUUUUUGACGACAGAAUCUGGCGAUCCUUAUAGCAUGGAACAGUUUCAAAAGUAUUGUGAUGAAUUAGAAAAUACUGCCACAUGGGGUGGUCAAUUAGAGAUAAACGCGUUAUCGAAAAAAUACAAGCGCCCAGUCCAUAUAGUACAAAUGGGUUCGCCAAUCUUAAAAAUCUCCGAUGAUGAAUUUCCGGGACAGCAGCCGAUUAUUUUAUCGUAUCACCGGCAUAUGUACGGAUUGGGUGCACAUUACAAUUCACUUCGAAAGGAUACAUAA